AUGACGGAGUGGACCCUGCUCAAGCGGCUGCUAGACGCCGUUCACCAGCACUCCACCAUGAUCGGCCGCCUCUGGCUCACCGUCAUGGUCAUCUUCCGCUUGCUGGUGGUCGCCGUGGCGACGGAGGACGUGUACGCGGACGAGCAGGAGAUGUUUGUGUGCAACACCCUGCAGCCCGGUUGCUCCACGGUUUGUUACGACGCCUUCGCGCCCAUCUCCCAGCCUCGCUUCUGGGUCUUCCACAUCAUCAGCGUCUCCACGCCCUCCCUCUGCUUCAUCAUCUACACCUGGCAUAACCUCUCCAAGGUGCCCCAGGGCCAGGGGAGGGACCAGGGGCAGGGAGCCAACCCGGGAGACGGGGAGCGCGACGCGGGACGAGAGGCCUUCGACAGGAGCUGCGAUUCCGACAGCUGCUCCAUCCGCUCCCACAGACACCUGGGCCACAGCCUGGCUGACGUGCUGGAGGGCAUCGCCACCCAGAGCCUCCAGAAGGGAGGGCCCAACACGGCCGGCCCAGGCGGGACCGGAGGGGUUCUGUCCAAGUACUACGUGUUCCACGUGUGUUUCCGAGCUAUUCUGGAGGUGGGCUUCGUCCUGGCCCAGUGGGUGCUGUUCGGGUUCCAGGUGCCGUCCCACUUCCUGUGCUCCACGUCGCCCUGCUCCCAGCCGGUGGACUGCUACGUCUCCAGGCCCACGGAGAAGAGCAUCUUCCUGCUUUUCAUGUUCUGUGUGGGGAUCUUCUGCAUCCUGCUCAACUUGCUGGAGCUCAACCACCUUGGCUGGAAGAAGGUCCGCCGUGUGGUGCGGCUGAGGGAGAGCUCCUCCUGGAGGGGAAGCCAAGGCAGGAGGGGGGGGUACGAGACCUUCGCUCCCGACAGCCCCUCCCUGACCUCCUCCAUGGGCUUCCGGGAUGUGACCAGUACCGCCUCCCUGCCCACCCUGGACCUGGUGGUGGGUCACAGGCCGGACUGGACCUGUGCAGGAAACUGCGCCUUGUUCAAGGAGGUGGAGGCGGGCUUGGAGAGUAGGCUGCAGCCCCUGAAGAUCCAGGACGCCCAGAGAGGAGGGAGGCAGACCCUGAAGAGCUCAAGGGAGGGGAGGGACGCCAAGCACCACAGCACAGAGGUCUGGAUAUGA